GGGGGGUGCCGUACGCGGUGAAGUCAAAGGCGGCGACGCUCGUGGCGGAGGUGGUGCGGCAGGAGGGGGCGGGACUGUGGUCGAGAUUGGUCCCGGAUUUGGUCGCGAUGGCGGCGAGCGAGGAGCCGCAGAGCGCGGAGAUGGGGGCGUGCGUGAUCAGAUUCGUGGCGGAGGACGUGGCGGUGUAUAACGAGGACUUGAUCGGUGGGAGGAUGCGGGAACUGUUGGGUGGAUUGACGAGCACCGUCGGGGUGAUUUUGCCGGCGAUUUACUCGCUCAUGGAGAAGCACUACACCAAGGCGACGUCGUGUGCGGACUCGCGGCUGGCGAAGCUGCACGCGGCGGCGGUGAGCGCGGCGAUCGGCGCCGCGGCGGUGUACAGCGAAUGGGCGCCCUUGGCGCCAAUCAUGCGUAGCGGUUUGAUCGAGGCGUGCGGGAUGCUCUUGGCGAGUGAGGAGUUCCGAUGUCCAGCGUGUGACGCGCUUCGACACGUCGUCGCUCGGAAGAGCAACGUGGCGCAGGGAGUGGAUGAAAAGGACGACGCGGAUAUCGUCAAGGGAUUGACGCUCGCGGCGAACGCGAUGUCGACGGCGGCGGAACGCAUCGUGUCAAAUCCGAACCAAUCUGACAUAAUCAACGAUCACGAGGAGAUUAUCUUCGUGAAGCGUUUAGCCGACACCAUGACUAUCAUGUCUGGGUAUCAUCUGAGCACUAUCACCGACGAGAGCGCGCGAAAUCUCUUCCUCGAGAGAUUCAUGAGCUUGACGCGUUUCCCGAGCUUGGAAGUGUUGGACGUCGUCAUCGGUGCGUGGCCGGUGAUGCUUCGCGCCAUGGGCGCCGAGCUCCCGAAAACGUUCGUCCGAGGUCCGCCGUCGCAGGGCGCGGACAAUCCGUACAACUCCGGAAAGCUCGAGCCCAAGGGAAUCCUUCCAGUUGGCGCGCCGGAAAUUUUGUUGGAAAUUGCUCGAGUGUGGUUCAACGCGGGCGCCGGGAUCGCGUCUGGAUUAGAAAACAAGGGAAUUCCGGGUAAUAAGGCUAGGGAGUGGAUGGAUGAGUGCGAGACCGCGCUCGAGCUCCGGGAGACGUGGGUUCAGCUUCGAGCGAAGUGGAUGGAUGUCGUAAAGCUGUGCACCGCGUUGUGCCCGAGCAACGCGGCGGCGCAAGCCGCAGAGAACACGAUGAUGGUCGUUUCGUGGACCCAACCGGGUGGAGUGCUCGCGAAUGGGUCGGAUGAAUUGAAGUGUGCCGCUUUAGAGGGCGCGACAUCGUUCUUGGAGGCUGUCAUGAGCGCUCUUCCCACGGAUGGUCCGUCGUUCUCGGUGUUCUCCGGUGCGCUGGAGUCGCUCCUGGGCAGUCUUGUUGCCAUUGACUACAAGGCACCCAUGAGCAACGCCCAGGUCGCUAAACUAUUAGAGACCUUUGGUAAGUUCGGUAAGGCUCGUCCUGAGUUGGCGUCGACGAUCAUGAGUCGAUUGUUCACGAUUUUGAAUGAAUUACCGGCGGAUUCCCAAGCCGGGGCACCUCCGGUUCGCCAACGCGAUAUCCUCACGAGCGGGCGCACCGGUCAGGCGGCUAGGCAAAAGGUGUGCGCCGCCAUUCUCAUUGUUUCUUCGGCCGCUCCAAUGGUACGUUUGUGCGCGCUGAAUUCGCAUUUGGAAGCUUUUGCCGCGCAAAUCGAGAACAUGAAAGCGUCCGGUCGAUUGAGCGGUGCCGAGCGAGGUUCCCUCGCGGAAGCGUUGCUCGCCGUUGCGGGACCGUCCGGGCCGGCGCGCGUGCGUGAAGUUCUCGAGUGGCUGCUCUCGUCCGUGAGAAGCCGAUGGGCUCCGAACGGAGCGCCAUCGCCAGAAGUCGCACACCUACUGGCCAUCCCCACGAUGUCCGCCGGAGAAGGCGCCGGGGGCACACAAGGCUUGUCAGGAGCGCACUGGGAGCUCUUUCACGACAUUCAACUCACCGAGAGGUGCCUCAGACGCAGCCUCGGAGACGGUGAAACUGCAAAGUUGCCAACUGGAUUCCUCAAGCCAGUGGAUCCGCCGCCAGACGUGAAGGACUGCCCGGCUGCAGACCAUAUCGAGUGGGUCGUCUCACUGAUUUCUUCCCUCUUGCACACCAUUCACGCGUUUUGGACGCCCGAGGGAAAGGCGGCGAUGCGCGCCGCAGGUUUGAGCGCCGCGUUAAACAUGGCUCCUGAGGAGCGUGCGGCGUACUUGAUUCACGGUCCGGCACGCACACAGGUGCUGAGUGAGGAAGAACCCGGUACAAUACCGAGUGCGUCGCGCGAUUGGAUGCGAUGCCUUCGCGACUGCUCGUACUCGACGUUCGCUCUCUUUAGCGUGCAUGCUCCCGCGGCAUUUUAUCCGAAUCAAGCUCUCGCGAGCGUGUGCAGCGGCUCCAUGCUCGCGCACCUGCCGCACAUGGAGUUGCGACACAUUCGACAGUGCGUGCACGCGGCGGUGCGACCGAUCAUGGGGAGAUGUCCGCAGGCACACCGCGCGCUUUGGCAAGCGGCGCUCGUGAAUCCGUUGUGUGCUUCGCUUCAUGACCGGCUCGCCGCAGCUUGGAUGGACACACGUGUCGUGAACGCCACGAAAACCAUGGACAAGCGUGAGGAGGACGAUAACGAUUCGGUGGACGACGCCGAGGUGGAAGACUUGAUUUCAGAGAGAAUUCUCCGCGAAAUCACUCGAGAUCACUGCGCUAUCCUCUCCAACGUUGCGUCGCCGGAGGGAACGUUUGGUCGAAAGACGAAGGGCGGCGGGCUUACGGGCGUUAUCGGAGACAUGUCAAACAGCGUCAAGGGCACCGAUCACGGCGGCGGCAAGCACAUCUUGGCUUGGAUUACGAGUGGAGACGCUGUGGCGGUCCGUGCUGGGAUCGCCACGGGCAUAGCCGCUCUCAACUGGGACGACACGGAGGCGACGGCGCACGCGGUGAGUUUCAUUCGCGCGCUCACCGCUGCCGCCGGCGGAACCGAGGCUCCGCAACCCCUUCGCGAGACUGUCGGGUCGGAUGUUUUCCAGGCGUGUUUAGUUGCCCUGACACAGAGCUCCAACGCCGCGCAUCAGGCGAACAUUCUCGGAUUGAUCCGUGACAUCAUUCUCUGGCUCUUGCCCAAGACACAAGCCGUCGGACAAAUACUCAUGAGCCUUCCCGGAAUAACUCGCGAAUCCCUCGACGCGUGCGUCACCGAGCUCGGCGCAAUGCGAAGCGAAAAGAAGGCGGCAAACUGCGUCAAGGACUUCUUGAUCAACGCCAGCGGCGGUGGUGAGGAACUCCGCGCGCUCGUCGAGUCACGCUCGUCGAGCAAGAGCGCGUCCGCCAUUCAAAUUCCAAAGAGCGAGAAACGGAAUCCACAGAAUCAGACCCAAUCGCCCGACGGCACACUUUUUUCCGCCGAGGCGGCGUCCUCGGCGAUCGGGCUCCAUUAG